UGUUGCCCAGCUUGAUCAGUACAUCGUCUGCUUGGGUGGCUUCAGCUGGCAGGGUUGACUGUUAAAUUGUCACUCUUUAAGCUUAAUAAGAUGUCUCCUUGCCCUCCACCAAACUCAUGUGAUACUUUCGUAGUCUUACCUGAUGUAACCAAAGGUGGCCAUGUUGUGUUUGGAAAGAAUUCUGAUAGACCAAAUGAGGAGGUUCAAGAAGUCAUCUACCGGCAGCCAGCGGAUCACGAGGAUGGUACCAAACUUCAGUGCACAUACAUAGAGAUAGAUCAGGUAAGCCACACUCAUGCAGUGAUACUUAGUAAGCCAUCAUGGAUGUGGGGAGCCGAGAUGGGGUCAAACGAGCACGGUGUUUGUGUUGGCAAUGAGGCGGUGUGGACCAAACUUCAGAGUGAUGAGGACAGCAUAGAGAGACUACUGGGAAUGGACCUGGUGAGAUUGGCUCUGGAGCGAAGCAGUACGGCAGAGAUGGCGGUAGAGGUGAUCACCUCACUGCUGGAGGAGCAUGGCCAGGGGGGGCCGUGCUCUGACGCAGAACCAAACCUACUGUACCACAAUAGUUUCCUCAUUGCUGACCACCAAGAAGCAUGGAUCCUGGAGACUGCCGACAAGCAUUGGGCUGCUGAACAAGUCAAAAGUGGCUACAGGAACAUCAGCAACGCUCUGAGUAUCGGCACCAAGAUUGACAAGAUGAGUGAAGGCCUGAAAGAAUUUGCACAAGAGAAAGGCUGGUGGGAUGGCAACGGCGACUUCAACUUCUCCGAGGCGUACGCAGAGGAGGGAGAUCCGGCAGGAGGGAGGAAAGAGUGUGGGGAGAAGCUCCUGGCUAAACUAUCUGCAGGAGGUGACUUUUCCUUGACUCAAAUGUUUGAGAUUCUCCGAGACAAGGAAUCUGGGAUUUGUCGUGGCACAGACCAUAAUCGCCCUACUGCUGGGAGUAUGGUGUCGGUGAUCAGCCACGGUUCGGGACGACCCAGUUGCCACUGGUUUACUGGAACACCUGAUCCUCAGCGUUCAGUCUUUAAGCCUUUCAUCUUCACCAACAAUGUCAAGAUCUCGCCACACAUCCAGAGCCCCAAGAUCCCUGAUGAUGAGGACCCAGCCAAGGUUACUCCUCGAUUUGCCAAGAAAGUCAAUCGAAGUCACUUGUUGUAUCGCCGCCAACAAGCUGCCACUUUGAAUGGUGGGAGCAUCGUGAACACUUUACGAGACCUGGAGAGAAAUUGUGUGAAGGAAACGGAAGCUUGUCUCCAGAGCUUUGAUCCAGAGAGGCUGUCCGAAAUGGACGACUUAUUUAAAGAUUGUGUUGACUCAGAGCUCAAGUUUUAUAAGUAAGAAUUUUUUAUUAAAAAUUGGAGCUUGAAUGCCACUUUGUAAAACUAUUAGGCUACUAGUCGUGUACUGGGUUAUUAUGGUUAUUGAAACUGACAAGGGUAAAAAAUCCUGCCAUAGUAACCCUGUGUAUCUUCUCCACCUUAUGGUAGUUAAUGCAGUAUAUCUGAGGCCAAGUCUGCUGAGGUAAGGAGGAUGAUCAUUAUUAUUACUCCAUAUGUCAAGAGUUACAGUAGCUACGUUACCUUAAAAACACUCCCAGGUGGAUUUAUAUAUACAGUAUACAUCUAUGUAUUUAUAUACUGCAUAUAUAUCAAUCUUUUGUGGCAUUUGUGAUCCCAGGUCAUUGGUUUGUGUUCGUGUGCGAGUAAUGUGGUCGUGACGAUGGGGGGUGAUGCCACAGCCUCAUGAUGUGUUCUUCCAGCAGAUUCUUAAUUAACAUUUAUACAGUAAUGACCGUGGAAAUUAGAGGGACAUUUUUUUAUACAGAUAUUGUACUUUUAGUGUUAUAAGUAGUUGCAGUUAGAGAAAUACCUCACUCAAGAGUUUACAGACACAGACACUGAAAUGUGUAAUUAUAAGCAUAUUGGCAGUUUUUUUUUUUUUAGAAA